AUGCUCCUAUUGCGACAACCAGAUCAGAGCAAAGGUCAAAUUCUCCCUCACCAUUGCGGUCCUGUCUUGAGAGCUCGAAUCAGUGGCUUUAUCGCACUGGAGGAAGCAAUAGCCUCCUUAUUCUCAUUGCGGACCGACAAGUUGAGCACUCCAAAUUUGACGAUGUUGAGUAGGCUUUCAAGUGAGGAGUCUGAUAAGAGGAUGACCGCCGAUCAAGCUUUCACCAUGGAAUGA